UGCGUUUUGGAUUAUUUAAUGCAAAUGCCAGAAUAAAAAGAGCUUCUGGGCUGUUACUUGCACACUCUUUGCUCCUACUCGCACCGGUUGGUUUCUGUCAUUGUUGUUUCUAUUUGCAAGUCUGGUGUUGGUGCUUGUAUUCGUUUUGGCCCUCUGAACUCUAAUUCAGCCUCAAAAUCAAGUCUUUUUAACUGGGAAUCGCUUGAUUUUACUGAAUAUUUGAAGUUUUCUGUCGUUUUAGUUAUCGUAUUGAUGGAGGUUGUGCUGUGAAAUUUCAUCUUGGCUGUUGCUUACUUGCUUUGGUGAGAGAGUUCAAGGAGAUAGGAAAAGAUGGGGGACAAAGGUGAAGUUUUGGAGGCUGUCUUGAAGGAAACUGUGGAUUUGGAAAACAUACCCAUCGAAGAAGUGUUUGAGAAUCUGAGAUGUAGCAAAGAAGGUCUCACAACUGAGGCUGCUGAAGAGAGGCUGACAAUUUUUGGCCACAACAAGCUUGAAGAGAAACAGGAGAGCAAAUUCUUGAAGUUUUUGGGGUUCAUGUGGAAUCCUUUGUCAUGGGUGAUGGAGGCAGCUGCUAUUAUGGCUAUUGCUCUUGCAAAUGGAGGAGGGAAACCUCCAGAUUGGCAAGAUUUUGUGGGUAUUAUUACUCUACUUUUGAUCAACUCAACUAUCAGUUUUAUUGAGGAAAACAAUGCUGGUAACGCUGCUGCUGCUCUCAUGGCUCGUCUCGCUCCAAAAGCAAAGGUUCUUCGAGAUGGAAGGUGGAGUGAGCAGGAUGCUGCUGUUUUAGUUCCUGGUGAUAUUGUUAGCAUCAAACUUGGAGAUAUUGUUCCAGCUGAUGCUCGUUUACUAGAAGGUGAUCCACUGAAAAUUGACCAGUCUGCACUUACUGGUGAAUCUCUUCCCGUGACAAAAGGACCUGGAGAUGGUGUUUACUCUGGUUCUACUUGCAAGCAAGGAGAGAUUGAAGCAGUGGUUAUUGCCACUGGUGUUCAUACCUUCUUUGGAAAGGCUGCUCACCUUGUGGAUACUACAAACCAAGUUGGCCACUUCCAAAAGGUCUUGACUGCAAUAGGGAAUUUUUGCAUAUGUUCAAUUGCUGUGGGGAUGGUAAUAGAGAUUAUUGUCAUGUACCCAAUUCAAGAUCGAGAAUAUCGUCCUGGAAUUGACAAUCUUCUUGUGCUUCUCAUUGGAGGAAUUCCAAUUGCCAUGCCAACUGUCCUGUCAGUGACAAUGGCUAUUGGUUCUCAUAGGUUAUCUCAGCAGGGUGCCAUCACAAAGAGAAUGACUGCAAUUGAAGAGAUGGCCGGCAUGGAUGUGCUUUGCAGUGACAAGACUGGAACUCUGACAUUAAACAAACUCACUGUUGACAAAAAUCUUGUUGAGGUUUUUGCUAAAGGAGUAGAUGCGGAUACUGUUGUUUUGAUGGCAGCUCAAGCGUCUAGAACAGAGAAUCAAGAUGCAAUUGAUUCUGCCAUUGUUGGAAUGCUGGCUGAUCCAAAAGAGGCUCGUGCUGGAAUUCAAGAAGUUCAUUUCCUUCCUUUUAAUCCAACUGAUAAGCGGACAGCCUUGACUUACAUUGAUAGUGAAGGUAAAAUGCAUAGAGUUAGCAAAGGUGCCCCAGAGCAGAUUCUAAAUCUUGCUCGCAAUAAGUCAGAUAUUGAACGAAGAGUUCAUGCUGUCAUUGACAAGUUUGCAGAGAGGGGUUUGCGGUCUCUUGCUGUUGCAUACCAGGAAGUUCCAGAAGGAAGGAAAGAAAGUCCUGGAGGCCCUUGGCAGUUCAUUGGCCUCAUGCCCCUCUUUGAUCCACCUAGGCAUGACAGUGCUGAGACUAUAAGGAGGGCUUUGAAUCUUGGUGUGAAUGUCAAAAUGAUUACAGGGGACCAACUGGCAAUAGGGAAGGAAACUGGACGUCGUUUGGGAAUGGGAACCAACAUGUAUCCUUCAUCUGCAUUGCUAGGACAAGACAAGGAUGAGUCUAUUUCUGCUUUACCAAUUGAUGAACUGAUUGAGAAAGCUGAUGGCUUUGCUGGUGUUUUCCCUGAGCACAAAUAUGAGAUAGUAAAACGCUUGCAAGCUAGAAAACACAUUUGUGGGAUGACUGGUGAUGGAGUCAAUGAUGCUCCUGCUCUUAAGAAAGCUGACAUUGGGAUUGCUGUUGCUGAUGCAACUGAUGCAGCUCGUAGUGCUUCGGAUAUUGUCCUCACAGAACCUGGCCUUAGUGUUAUCAUUAGUGCUGUCUUGACAAGUCGAGCAAUCUUCCAGAGGAUGAAAAAUUACACUAUCUAUGCAGUUUCCAUUACAAUUCGUAUCGUGCUUGGUUUCAUGCUGCUGGCCCUCAUAUGGCAGUUUGAUUUUCCACCUUUUAUGGUGCUUAUCAUUGCUAUUCUUAAUGAUGGUACCAUUAUGACAAUAUCUAAGGAUAGGGUGAAACCAUCUCCUCUGCCAGACAGCUGGAAGCUGGCAGAGAUUUUUACCACUGGCAUUGUUCUUGGAAGUUACCUGGCAAUGAUGACAGUCAUCUUCUUUUGGGCAGCAUAUAAGACGGACUUCUUCCCAAGGGUAUUUGGAGUAUCAACUCUGGAGAAAACAGCUCAUGAUGACUUCAGAAAGCUUGCAUCAGCAAUUUACUUGCAAGUGAGCACUAUCAGUCAGGCCCUAAUUUUUGUAACUCGGUCUCGAAGUUGGUCUUACGUUGAACGCCCUGGAUUACUACUCGUUGUGGCUUUUUUGGUUGCUCAGCUGAUUGCUACUUUGAUUGCAGUCUAUGCAAAUUGGAGUUUUGCUGCAAUUGAAGGGAUUGGUUGGGGUUGGGCAGGUGUAAUAUGGCUUUAUAACAUCAUCUUUUACAUCCCACUUGACUUCAUCAAGUUCUUUAUACGCUAUGCUUUGAGUGGUAGGGCCUGGGAUCUUGUUAUCGAGCAAAGGAUUGCUUUCACAAGGCAAAAGGAUUUCGGUAAGGAACAACGAGAGCUUCAGUGGGCACAUGCACAGAGAACAUUGCAUGGCUUGCAACCACCAGACACCAAGAUGUUUACAGAGCGAACCCAUUUCACUGAACUCAAUCAGAUGGCUGAAGAAGCUAAAAGGAGAGCUGAAAUUGCAAGAUUGAGGGAACUUCAUACGCUGAAGGGUCACGUAGAAUCAGUGGUGAGACUGAAGGGCCUGGACAUAGACACAAUUCAACAAGCAUACACUGUGUGAGAACUACUUGGUGUACAACAACAAUAAGCGACUUGCGUUACUGCUUCCUAGAUUAGAGACCUGUAAGCAGCACUCACCUACGAGUUAUCUUGAAACGACAAUGCCCUACAGCGUUUCAUGAGUUCCACCAUCUAAAAGAGUGCAUCCUCAAAUUCUUUCUGUAUUUUCGUUCCUUAGUUAUCUACGUCUUUUGCCUUCUGAUGCCCACAAGAGGGGGAGGUCUCAUGUUUUUUGCCAUUUUGUGUCUAUAUUAGUAAAGGUUAUGGCUGUUGGUCUUUUUAUUUAUGUACUACUCUACAUAUGAUAGGUGGGUAAUUAUGCUAUGCUACUCUCUGGAGUUAGAACUUUUCCAGUUUUGGAUAAUUAAGUGAUAAAAUUGCUGUUUUCACUUCUCA